GCCCUCGGCACGCUUUUCAGUAUGCGGCCAUCUUGUACCCACUGCAAACAACCGAGAGAGAAACCUGUCACUGGACUGUCUGGUGAUGUUCGUGAGUUGACAGCGAUGAAACUUUACCCGUUGUAGACCAAUAACGAUGAACAUUCGAUGUGAUGAAGCUGAAAAGAAACAGACCAUGUCGGCACACGAAGGACGUUAGACUACAAACAAGUGGCAAAACUACACAUGCCAUCAAUCCAAAUCAGAUGAAACUCUAAACAAAUCUGAUAUGGUGCGUUAAGAUCGUCAUCGUAUACGCUUUAUCGCAAUACUGUAGCCACCAGCUGGACUCUGUAUAAAUGUUUUGUGUCAAAACAGCCAUAUAUCUAGUAAGAUGAAAAUGAGGCUGCUCAUGGCAUUACUUACAAAUGCAAAAUUGCUGAAUUCUGGCUUUAAAAUCAGGCAUGGAAUUCACAUUGCAUUUACAAAAACGUCAUUGGUGUCCAGUCGCAAUGUGUGCACACGGACGGAGAGGAAGUGGGUCAAACCAGUGGGCUAUGACACCGGUAUCAAGACGUACAAUAGUCUUACCAAACAGAAAGAACCUUUGGUUUUGGCACAAGAACGAAUUGCCACCUGGUAUAGCUGUGGACCCACUGUUUAUGAUCAUGCCCAUCUCGGCCACGCGUGCACAUAUGUCAGAUUUGACAUUCUGCAAAGGAUUUUAUCCAGACUCUUUGGAAUUAAUGUCAUCCAUGUCAUGGUCAUCACUGACAUUGAUGAUAAAAUCAUACAGAGAAGCCUUGAGGAAAAUAUCUCGCCCACCAUUCUUGCAAGAAUGCACGAGGAGGAGUUCAAGAGGGACAUGCAGGCCCUGCGGGUUCUUCCUCCAGCUGUAUACAUGAGGGUGACUGAAAACAUAUCUCACAUCAUAGCUUUCAUAGAGCGCAUUAUAGGAAAUGGACACGCCUAUGUCACAAGUCAAGGGAAUGUCUACUUUGACACGUGUUCCAUUGGUAGCCGCUACGGCAAGCUCGGGAACCUUGGAGGCAUUGUUGGGGAGCUGGUGGUGCAGGAUAAAAGUGAUCCUAGGGACUUUGCUCUAUGGAAAGCAUCCAAAUCACAUGAACCACACUGGGAAUCACCUUGGGGAAAUGGAAGACCUGGGUGGCACAUUGAAUGUUCUACAAUUGCUAGCUCAGUAUUCGGGAGUCAGUUGGACAUCCACUCAGGAGGGAUUGACCUUGCCUUCCCACAUCAUGAGAAUGAAAUUGCCCAGUCUGAGGCGUAUCAUCAGUGUGAACAGUGGGGAAACUACUUCCUGCACUCAGGGCACCUUCGUUUGAAAGGAAGUGUAGAGAAGAUGUCAAAAUCCUUGAAGAAUUAUAUAUCUAUAAAGGAUUUUCUGGUGUCCUACAAUGCCAAUGAGUUUCGUCUUUUUUGCCUUCUGACCAAGUACAGAUCAGCAAUCGAAUACAGUGAUGCUAGCAUGAAUGAAGCCCGAUCCACCCUAUCCACCAUCUCUGCCUUUAGCCACAAUGCACAAGCCUACAUGCAGGGCCACUUACUGUGCCAGCCUGUAGAGGAGGGAAUUCUCUGGAAGAGAUUGUCUGCUACACAGGCCAGUGUUCAGACUGCUCUUGCUGAUGAUUUUGACACCCCAAAAGCUGUGGAUGCCAUCAUGAGCCUCAUUCACCAUGGCAACUGUCAGCUUCAGCCUGCUACUAAGGCUGAUGGGCCUAGGAGUCCUGCUGUAUUUGGAGCCAUGCUGUCCUAUGUCAGGGAAAUCAUGGAUGUCUUUGGAGUUGAUCUGCUGGACAGGAAGGAUGUCCAUGAUUCUUCAGGAGUUUUGAAUAAUGUAGUGGAGGAGUUGGUCCUUUUUCGGAGUGAGGUCCGUAGAUUUGCUCUUUUGGUGGAAGACCAAGCUCCGCUGGACCCUCAGACUGGCACAGAAAUUAAGAAGAGGCAUCCUCGUCCUGACAGAGUGCCCUUACUGAAGGCCUGUGAUGCCUUACGGAAAAAUCUAGCACCCCUUGGAGUCCAUAUUAAGGAUAGAGGCACAAACUCGAUGUGGGAGAUUACAAGAAUGGGAGGAGAGACAAGGAAGAUUUAGAACUUUGACACAUGCGGUUAAUACCACUUGUCAAAAAAUGUAACUGCUGUCAAUUUGUCUUAUGAUCUAAAGAUGAUGGUUCUCAUAUGAAUCUUUAAACAAGCUGCAGUUUAACUUGCCUUUGGUACAAAACAAAAACAAAGCACAUUAUUAUUUCUACAGUGCAUUUAAAACUGGAACAAUCAAUAAUCAUAACCACAAUAUGUAUAUCAUCUGAUGAUAAUUAUUGUAAUUGUUCAUGAAUCAACUGUAUCCUGCAACCUAUGAUUAAAUAGCUUCUGUUAUGAUAUGUGCUUUAUGUUAAAGUUAAUUGGACAUUGAUAAUUUGUGCUAAACCCCUUCACAAUCAUUCUGAAACAGAAAUUACUGAGUUGAGUAUAGGAUUCUCAUUUAACACACUGGCUGAUAAAUGGAAUGUGAUCAUCAUAACUGAUCUACAGCUAGUAACUGCUAUUUACAUGAUGUAUUUGGAGCGUGAAGAACUGGCUAAUUGUUCAGUGUCUUAAUUUUAAAUUUUUUAAGUGGUAUUCAGAAUUUUUGAACACUGAACUUCAUGGCAUAUUUGAAAAUGUACUGAAAAUGAUACAAUAUGGUAUAAACAACGGGGAAAAGCUGUACAAGUGAUUUUACAAAGUUAUGCAUGUUUGUCAAUAUGGUAGCAGUCUAAUAAAAUUUAGAACUUGUUAAAGAUAAAAAAA